AUGCUCCCCGCGUGCGCCACCGCCGGCCUUCCGCGCACCCGCGCAUUGCUUAGUCCGCGCUCCGCCUCUGCCAGCCGGCGCUCAUCCCUGCUUACUCCGCGCUGUUCCGCGGGGAACGGGAAUGGGGCAGAAAUAGAGGGCGGCGGGUUGGAGGCAGGAGCAGCUGAGGGGCAAGCAGCGGGCGGGAACAUGCUGCGCGUCGUGUAUCAUAGGGGCGACGGUGACUACAAUGGAUGGGGGCUGCACGUGUGGGGCGACGUGGAGGCAGAGACUGACUGGCAACACCCCUUGCCCUCCUCGCCUGCUGCCGCCACUGGUGCCGUUGUUGCUGCGGGUGGUGGCGGCAUGAAGUGGGUGGAGUGGCGGGUGCAGCUGAAGCCACAUGCGCGCACAGUGAACGUGCUGCCACACCGAGGGGACUGGAAGGACUGCACAUGGACAAUAGACAUGGCCACACUGCCCGCACCACCGCCCUCCACCAGCACCCAGCGCGGCUCCACAGUGUGGCUCAUCGCAGACUGCCAGCGCGCCUUCCUGCACGCCCCCAACCUCGACCGCCUCCCCAAGGGCAGCUUGGAUCUCUUCAAGGCGCACUGGGUGUCGGAGGACGAGAUAGCAGUGGAUUGGGACUACAGCGACGGUGACUAUGGCGAGGAGAUUCUCUUCGCCCUGCAUGCCAGUGCAUCCGCCUCACUCUCCCUCGCAGAGGACGGCGUGCAAGGGGCGGACGCUGUCAUUCCCCUCACGCUCGACCCUGCUGGCCUCUCAUCUGCU